AUGGUGGAUUUCAUUAGGAAGACUUUUGUCGUCCCGGAUAUCAAACCAUUGGAUUUGUACGACAGCACUAAAGCAAAAAUAUGCUCAAGUGUCGCCUGGUUGUUGGCGAAGUCCUACGGCAGUGCAGAGAAUGUCCCCGCUGAGCUGCGAGACCCCUUCUACUGUGACCAGUAUGAGCAGGAGCACCUCAAACCUCCCGUCACGCGCCUCCUGCAGUCCUCAGAGCUUUACUGCCGCACCUACAGUCUGCUGCUACUGGGCACCGGCCGAAACGAGGCGCAGCCCAAAGACAACGCCGCCCUGCUGCGGCUGCUCGCCGACCGAGGCCUGCUGUCCAAAGAGCCUGACUCACCAGUGACCGAUGCGGACCUGAGACAUAAGCCCAUCAAAAUGAGUGCCCACCUAGCGGUAAUGGAUGCUCUAAUGGCCGUCGGAGCCUCGGAGACGGUGGCUUCGGCGAAGACAGGUGCUUCUAAAGAGCUUCUGGGUGAGGCUUCAAGUUGGGAAGACGCUUUGUUUCACUGGGUAAACACGCUCAAUCACAAACUGAGGGAACUCUCCGAAAGAUCCCAAAGUGAACAAACACCUCAAGCCAUCAUAGAGAGCGAGCCGCAAUCCCUUCAGCCCGCUUGUCCUACUCGCUGGUACUGGAAACUAGUUCCUCUCCGCUAUAGAAAGGAUAAAGUUCAGUCCAAACAGAAUCCCAUUUUUCCUGUGGUGAAUGAAGUCCGAGACCUGUCUACUGGCUGUGCGAUCGCCGCCGUUGUACAUUACUACUGCCCCGGCCUGCUAAGACUUGAAGACGUUUGCAUGAAGGAGACAAUGUCACCUGCUGACAGCUUGUACAACCUGCAGUUCAUCCGUGAGUUCUGUGACAGCUGCCUGAAGAGCUGCUGCCACUUGGCCCUGGAAGACAUGCUAUAUUCACCACAAGAGCUUCGGCUCAACAUGUUGAGUUUUCUAGCAGAGAUACUGCACUGUUUUGAAGUGCAAAGGCCAGAUUUUGUUCGACCAGUGGACACAUUUGAUGGCUCGGCACCAUCAAUGCCCAAGGGUGUGAACGGUAACAGCACUUCUCCAUCUAUCUUCAAGAAGCCCUUCCUCCCAAUUUCCUCCCCUGCAUCAGGGUCUUUGAAUCAGUCUACCUCAAUGUCUCAUUUAGAAGGAGUUGGAAAGACGUGGAGCAAAAAAAGCCGCCCCCUGUCAGCGGUAUCCUUCAGCAUUCCCUUUGGCCUGGACAGUGACGUGGACAUUGUAAUGGGCAACCCAGUAAUAACGCGAUCUGUGAGCUCGGACCAGCUUAACCCAACCGGCCCGAGUGUGACUCGGGGGCCCUUUACGCCUCCGGAGCACGUGAGCAAAGCGCCCGCUUCAAACGGCGUCCACAGAGCGUCCUGGUCCAGCCAGAGUCCCGCUCAUCCGAUCAUAGCGGAGAAUGGCGUCGGAGCAACUGAAACGGGAGAGCUGCCGACUAUCGAAGAGGCUCUUCAGAUCAUUCACAACGAGAGGAAGUUGGAGCCUCGCUUACAUCCCGACGGUGCUCCCGAUGGCUUCUACCUCCACUCUCCGGACGACCCCGCCAGUUCGAGACAUCAUCAAAACUCUCCGCCCGUCAGUUGCUCUGCCCCGACACCCUCAGGAAUGAUGCACCGGCCCCCCAAAGAGCCCACCCGGACCAGAAACCCAUCUGAAUGCUCACGUGAUGAUGACUCUGUCUUAAGAGACGGCAGCGUGGACUCAGACGCGUCAGAAGACACGCCGCGGGCUAGGUCCACUCCUAGCACACCCGGCACCGGCGCGCACUCUGCAUCGGACAGUGGCGUAAAGAUGACCAGCUUUGCCGAACGCAAAAAGAAGCAAGGUGGAGAUUCCCGCAAAGCCGGCGACUCGCCUGUUCCCCAAGCGACGACGUGGGAUGUGAAGUUUGAAGAAGGUCCCGGCAAGAGCCCUCAGCUCAAUAAUGAAAUGUCAGAGCUCGGGGUUCGUCUCGAGGAGAAGCGACGGGCUAUCGAAGCCCAGAAGAAACGGAUAGAGGCCAUUUUUGCCAAGCACCGGCAAAGGCUGGGCAAGAGUGCCUUUCUACAGCUGAAGAAGGAGCAGCAAGAGGACGGCGAGGCCGAAGGAGGUCAGUUCAGCACCUCCUCCACCGAGGAAGACCUUUCCCGGUUGACGCUGGAAGAACGGCUGGCCAGCGGGGAGGACGAAGAGCAGCGUCCAUCAGCGGCGCGUGUAGGUCACGUUAAAAGCGGGCCCACCAAAGAGAAGGCAGUUACGCCGGGUGAAAAACCAUCAGCGCCGCUUGGGGACUACAACAACGCUGUUUCCAAGCUGACCGCGGCCCUCAGUUCGCUUCAAAGCGACAUGCAACGGCUCACCGAACAGCAGAACCAACUGGUUCAGAAGAAAGCAUCCGGCAACAAAUCCUGGGUCAUUCCACCCAGCCCCAAGUCGUCCACCCCGGCCCCUUCCCCUGCACGUAUCCAGAGGGAACCCAACAGGGACUUCAGUUCUACCUCCCCGUCGCCAUCUCGCAAGCUCACAAACCACAUGACUCCUCCGAAGUCUCCUAAAACGGUCCAUCGUAGAACUCAGUCCGUGCCCCCUAAGAGUCCCAAACACAGUCGCCCUUCAGAGGGUAGGCUCUCAGGCCUGUCCAGGGUCAUCAACACGCCGCAAAGUGUCGACCGCAUUCCGCAUCUUCGGCGCGUAAACCCCUCGCAAUAUCAAAUCCAAACAUCUUCCUCCUUUUCCAUCGGUGACUCCGAAAGCUUUGACGAACUUCGCUCUUUGGCAGCCACUCCUGUUUCCACAGCGACGCUCACACCGACUCAACAACAGGACGACGCCCUGUCCGAAGCGGGGUCCAACGACUACGAAAGUAUAUUCAGCUUGGACAUGGACCCGCGGUCCUCGCGUGCAAAUAGAAAGGAAGGGGCGGCGGCGGGCGGCUCCAGUUCCGGCGCCCCGUCAGAAUGUUCGUUUGAGAGCGACGCCCCACCGGCAAACGCCAAACGGAGCAGCCUCAUUGAAAUCUCGCUGUCCGCUCUGCAAGGCGAUACGGAGGAUGACGAGCAAGUGCCAGAUCCUUUCUCUGAAGCUGCGAGCGACAAAAACGAGCCAGAUACGAAAGGAGGGGUCGGCUUCUUCUUUAAGGAUGACAACGAGCGACCGGAGGAUGAAAUGGCGCAGAGAAGAGCUGCCUUGCUUGAGAAACAGCAGAAGAGAGCAGAGGAGAUGAAGAAACGCAAGCUGGAGCAGGAAAAGGAAUCAAACAAACCUCAGUGGAUGGUCAUCGAAGGCUGGGGUGGCAAGAGUGAAGACAGGCCUCAAACCCCAGGAACCCCUCCGGCAUCGGCCGAGGGAACCCCUCAGCGAAGAGGAGAUUUCACGCGGCAGGAGUACGAACGCAGACAGCAACUGAAGAUCAUGGAGGACCUGGACAAGGUGCUCAGGCAGAAGCCCACCACUGUGCGCGGCGUCAAGAAACAGAGACCCAAGACCGUGUUCAGGGACGACUCGGCCCUCGGGCACAGCCCAGUCAAGGGCCUCCUGGGCAGCAGGCUGAAUAAGGUCUACUCCCACUCUACAAUGAACUUGUCCUCCAUGGCAAAUGAAUCCGGAGGCUUAACUGUCAGAAGAUCUGGCAGUCGUUCCCACUCUCCCUCCCGCCUGAUGUCGCCAGGACGAAUGAGCGCUCACAAUGGAGACAGGGACUGGGAGAACGGCUCCACGGUUUCCUCCUCUGCCUCAAUACCAGAGUACACAGGACCAAAGCUAUACAAGGAGCCGAGCUUUAAGUCCAACAAGUUCAUCAUCCAUAACGCAAUCUCCCGUUGCUGCCUGGCCGGCAAGGUCAACGAACCCCAGAAAAACAAGAUUGUAGAGGAAAUGGAGAAAAGCACGGCCAACCACUUCCUCAUCCUCUUCAGGGACGCCAGUUGCCAGUUCCGGGCGGUUUACACCAUGAACCCCGAAACAGAGGAAAUGAUGCGGCUCACCGGCAUCGGCCCGCGCGUCAUCACGCUGGACAUGGUAGAGUCGAUCUACAAGUACAGCUCCGACCGCAAGCAGUUCACCGCCAUCCCGUCCAAGACCAUGUCCAUGAGCGUGGACGCCAUCACCAUCCCAGGACACUUCUGGCAAAAGCGCCCGGGAACUCCCAAGAAGCUCGGCACCCCAAAAUGA